GUUGUUAUUGUAAAUUUUUUUUCUGUGGCUAGUUCAUUGACAACAUAAUUUGAAAUUUUGCUUUACCUAAAUUAAUGAAUCAAUAAUAGUUAUUAAUUUCUUAAAUUUGGACAUAAAUAGAAACAUAAAAGUUCACAUUAUAUUUUUUGUUUUAACAUUUAAUCAUGAAAGCUACUCUGAUUUUUGAUAGUAUCAAUGAUUUGUUAUUUUCAAAAUGGGACGACAUGUUUAUAAAACGGAUGAAAUGUUUCAAUGAACAGGUAAAUGAAGAUCUGAAUGACAGCCAUAAUAUAUCACAACUGCUGUCUCCCAUUAUUACAUCCCAACGGGUGAUGGCUGCUCAGUUUGGUAAUACAUAUUCUUCUAUGCAAUGUAAAGACAAAACUACUAUUGUAUUUGAUGAGUGGUUAGAUCAUGUGUUUAUAAUAAUUAGUGAAGAUAAGGUUGAAGAUGCUCAUAGGGAAUUACUUGACUGUAAAACAUUUGUGCAGCAUAUAUGUGGACAAAAUAUUAACUUGUUGCAUUCUCCAAUAUAUAAAGAUUGGUUAUCAGUGCUCUUGGAAAGUCGAGGCAAAGGCGAUUCUAUACCUGGCGCCAGUGGCGUUAUCGGCGAAAGUGGAGUCAUUGUUACUGCGCUAAACGCUCUCAAGUCGGCCGUUAAAGAAAUUAAAUGCUCUCCUUACCAGCACUAUCAUCUUAUGUUAUAUGUUGGUGACAAGUUGCUUGCACUUUAUUCCAGUAAAGGCAGUGAAGAUUUAACACCUCCUGAUUUAAUAUUACUGAGCAUUCAGUGUGUUGCUGCUCAAGAAUAUUGGAAAAAUGUGGAGGAAAAAAAUGACGAUGUUCAGAAAACCCGGUUACCUUGGUUAUCUCAAGAGAACAGUGCGAUUGUGAAUGUCUGUGCGGGCACUGCAGCUAGCCCGUGCGCACCCUAUUCAAUGCACCUCGCUGAAGUAGCUCCACGUAUCACAUUUGUUAUACUUCUUGAUAUGGAAUUAAGGGAAGUGGGUAUUGCCGUACAUAUGUCAAACCAAAUAUUGUCAAAUUUAAGGAGGCUGUUACUGCAAAGAAAUUUAGAGAUGGUACCUAACACACUUGAUACUUUAGAAGUUUCACUAAAAAAGACAACAGAUGCAUUACGAAAAAAUAAAGCAAACACGAACCUGUGCGCUCGUUUGACGUCACGAAUGCUGGAACUACGCAAGUCGUGUACAACCACCACCCCGCUCACCCCCGAGACCACAGCCACUGCGAUGCACACCGCCCUAGAGGCAGCUAUUGAACAGCUCAAACCGGACAUACCUAGUAUAAAAAUUAUGCCACCUCUGAAAGAAAUAAGAGGGAUCAUCGCUCCAUAUAUGGAGUUUCUUCAAGUUAAAGCGAUGCGAUACUUCAGUCAUGGAUCGGGGUCAGAGGACAGUGGUUCCCUAACACUGCACAAAUAUGUCGAGGAGUUCCCCGGGUUGAUACACUUCAUAUACGUGGACCGCACCACAGGCCGCUUCCUGGCGCCCGACAUGGCCGACUGCGUCGAUAUGCUCUCUCCAGACACGGUGAAGCGGCUGGUGUCGUGCACGUUCUCGCUGGUGCACGAGGGCUACGGCGCGGCGACGUGGCGGCGCGGCGCGCUGCACGUGUGCGCGGUGACGUGGUGGGAGCGGCGCGGCGCCGGCGCGGCCGCCGCGCGCGCGCCGCACCCCGCCGCCGUGCGCGCGCUGCCGCCGCCCGGCGACAUCCUCGGCGCCUUCUACAGGCAAGUAGUGGAGCUCGCUUUCCCGAAUGAGAGCCAAGAUGUGAGCAUGAAGGAGCUGAUCUGCGUGCACGUGGGGCUGGUGCCGGCGCCUACCGCCGUGCAGCAGGCGCGCCGCCUGGCGCACUCCAUACACGAGCUGCUCGACGACCAGCGAGCCGCCGCCGAUCUGCUCUGAACUGUGAUGCAAUGAAGCUAAUCUUUUACAUUUUACAUUGGCUCUUACAAAUGAGAAGAGGUACCCUGAAAAUUAAAAUGUCCGUUUUAUAUGUACACUGUGUCUCUAGCGCUGGACUCAACUUGGCAAUACUUAAAAACAACUUAAAAAUAUUGUUAACUCUACUAAUAUAUUCUAAAUCUAUUUUAUUAUUAUAUUAUUUUAUUAUUUUUAUAUUUUUAUUCUAGCUUUUACCCGUUAGUUUCGUCCGCACGACUAGGAUACGUUUACUGACCGAUAUAAAAAGUAGUCUAUAUAUUCUCUAUUCUAUAUAUUACGUGUAUACCAAAUUUCAUAGUGAUUGGUUAAGCCCUUAGUGUUAUAAGGUAACAAACAAUCAAACUCACUUUCACAUUUAUAAUAUUAGUAAAAAGUAGUAGUUAAGCAAUAACGUAUCACUUAACACAAAUAUAUAAACAGCACAAUUUUUGUUAUGUUAAAUAAAUUCUAUUUCAUUCUAACAUAAACAUAUAAACAUAGGACCACUUUUUUGUUAGAUAAAUCUGAGUAGAGUGGUACGGGCAUUGGAAAUAUUAACUGAAGUGGAUAAAAGCUUAAAGUACCUGAGUUCAGCGAGUCCAAAAGCAUAUUUAUGUUAGGUACACAUAGGAUAUGAAUCCUAAAUGAUUAUUCCCUUAUAGUUUAGAGUUGCGUAUCGUAUUUUAGCAAAUUUAGUGCAAUCGAGUAUUAAGGAAAUUUAAGUAUUAUUACACUAUGUUAUUCGAACUAUUAAUAUAUUUUUGUUACGUUUAAUUGUUUUUGUUAUUAUAAAUUUUAUUACACUCGUAGAACUAUCCAUAAAAAUACAAGCAUAUUUUCCUAUUUAUUGGAGAUGAGACAUGUAGUGACUGUUACUAGUAAAGCUAGUUAGUUACUGAAGUGAAGCAGUUUGCGUCUAAUUUUGUGACUGCGAUAUUAGUUUACGAUUUGUGGCCAAAAAUAUACAAUUUGCUCAUUAAAACAUUCGGCGAGUGUGACUCGCUAACUUAUUUCUUCUAUAAUAACUGCCCAUAUUAUAAUGCCUAAAUUUUAAGUAAAAUUUUUAGACUGCAAGUUUAUUAUGUAAUGAUCUCAUUUAAUUAAUUUAUUAAAUUAAUUUAUUGUAAUGUAUUUUGUAAUGUUAUUUUCAAAUAAAAUUACUUGAUUUAU